CAACGUCCUGGCAAGUUGCACAUUCAAACCGAGGGGAAGAGAAAGUGUGUGAGUGCGAAGGCUUGGAGCGAGGGAUUGAUCAGGCCGGGGAUUAGGUGAAGCAGGGUGACACGGAGUGGGAGCGUCACAGACAGGAGUCCCUCCAUGAGUGGAACGGAGGGGAGCACCGAGUGACUGUCCGCAGUCACAGAGGGGAGCCUGGGUCUUUGCAACUUCCCGUUUUCCCCCGUUCGUCCAAAUCUAAGAGGAGCACGUACUGUGGCUUCACUGACACUGAGACGCCCCCGUAACGUCCUGCAUGAGCCUCACUCUGGAACCAUGGGGACAGUGAAUGAACUUUGUAUGUCCAGCCUUCAGACCUUCCUGUGUCCUGCUGUGAAGCCUGUACAACAACCCACAGUGCCAGACGACCUCACACCAGAGGAGCAGCAAGAACUGGAAAACAUCCGCCGGCGCAAGCAGGAGCUGCUGGAGGACAUUCAGAGGCUGAAGGAUGAGAUAGCAGAAGUUACAUGUGAGAUCGAGAACCUGGGUUCCACUGAGGAGAGGAAAAAUAUGCAGAGGAAUAAACAGGUGGCCAUGGGCCGGAAGAAGUUCAACAUGGACCCCAAGAAGGGGAUCCAGUUCCUGAUUGAGAAUGAUUUGCUGAAGAACACCAGCGAUGACAUUGCUCAGUUCCUCUACAAAGGCGAGGGCCUCAACAAAACAGCCAUCGGAGAUUACCUCGGAGAGAGGGAUGAAUUCAAUAUCCAAGUCCUGCAUGCCUUUGUGGAGCUUCAUGAAUUCACAGACCUCAACCUGGUUCAGGCUUUAAGACAGUUCCUGUGGAGUUUCCGGCUUCCAGGUGAAGCUCAGAAGAUCGACCGUAUGAUGGAGGCCUUCGCUCAGCGCUACUGUCAGUGCAACCCUGGUGUUUUCCAGUCCACAGAUACCUGUUACAUCCUGUCAUUUGCCAUCAUUAUGCUGAACACCAGCCUCCACAACCCCAAUGUCAAAGAUAAACCCACUGUGGAGCGAUUCAUCUCAAUGAACCGAGGCAUCAACGAUGGAGGCGACUUACCUGAAGACCUGCUCAGGAAUCUGUACGAGAGCAUAAAGAACGAGCCUUUCAAAAUCCCAGAGGACGACGGCAAUGACCUCACACACACUUUCUUCAACCCUGACAGAGAAGGCUGGCUACUAAAACUGGGGGGACGUGUAAAAACCUGGAAGAGGAGGUGGUUUAUCCUCACAGAUAACUGUCUGUACUACUUUGAGUACACCACAGACAAAGAGCCCAGAGGAAUCAUCCCGCUGGAGAACCUGAGCAUCAGGGAGGUGGAGGAUAAAAAACCUAACUGCUUUGAGCUUUUCAUCCCUGACAACAAGGAUCAGGUGAUAAAAGCUUGCAAGACGGAGGCUGACGGUCGCGUUGUCGAGGGCAACCACACCUUCUACCGUAUUUCUGCACCUACUGCUGAGGAGAAGGAUGAAUGGAUGAACAGCAUCAAAGCUGCCAUCAGCAGGGACCCUUUCUACGAGAUGCUUGCAGCCAGAAAGAAGAAAGUGUCGUCCAUGAAGAGACACUAGAGUCGCUCAGCGUUCCCAACGUUGCACUUGACAGAGCAUGGGGGUCUGGGUAUCUGUGCCGGUGCAGAAGCCACAGCCGGCGUCUGCCUUUGACUUCUCCAGGGGUUUUCUCUAGAAUACUACAUACUAGUUCUGGCUUUGGGACUCUGCAGGCCAGAAACGCAGGAAGCAUGCUGGGGUUUCUAGAUAAGAGUCAGGGCCAAAGUCUCCUCUUACCUCCCGUCUGUCUGUUUCCUCCUCGGCUUUGUUUGUGUGCUCUAUGUCUAUGAAAGGAAAUCUUACUGUGUAAUUCAGUAAAAUGCCCUUUGGAGAGUUUCCUCAUGCUUUAAACAUAAACAACACGCAGAAGCUCAUGCAAACUCUUUCUAGCACACGUCGUUAAAACUCAGCAGGUCUGACCCAGUGUGGAACCCAAACCAAAAUGUUUCUCGCUUUCUAAAUGAAAAGACAGUUUCUGAUGUGCUUUAAUAUGUUUUAGUAAAAUAUGUCUAUUUUUACAGCUUUUAUUGUCAAUUCCUGUCAGUCUUUCUUUGUUUGCUACUUCUUUUUUUUCUUUUUUUUUUUUUUUAUUAAUCUUGCAACUGAAACUGCGGGGGGGAGGUGUAAUUUGUCAACUGUUAGUGAUUUUAUAGAAAAAAAAAUUGAAAACAAAAACUUCUCUGUCAAAAAAGUUGCCACUCAGGAGAUUGUUCCAACAUUUGGAAACUUUCCAUGUAAGGUUUGACGUGGAUCCUGUUCACAGCGCGACAGCCAUGCGAGGAAUGAAAGCCUCGUCUGUUUCUCAGACUGAACUGUUUUUGUAAAUGUGGGACACGGUGCUGCAGGUGAGGGCGUCUGGACAGGGUCUCAGUUUAGGAUAUGGCUUUCACUGUUCAUUUCCUGAAGGUCCUGGAGAUGCAUCGUGGGGAUUUGUGUCUUUGAAAGGGACUAGUGUGGGCCUCUUGUAGGGGUUUUGGCUUGUCUGGAAAACACACCUAUUGUCCCUUUAUUUUAGUUAAUUCCUUUAGGUUUUUUUUUUUUUUUUAUCGUGUCGCUCUCACUUUUGUCUAAAACCACUUUCCUUUACUGUAUCAUACAAGAAGCAACUAAAGUGUUAGAAAAAUGGACUUUACUGCACAGUGCCUGGCGCUCUAGGUUAAUGUGAUAAGAAUGCUGCUGGUUAGCGACAGUAAUUCAGUUUUUCUUCCCAGUCAAACAAAUUGUAAUAUUUGUCUCAUGCCUUUUUUUUAAUUAAGAUAUUUGUUUCUAUGUAGAUGCUUACCUAUUUAAUGGUAAAUUAAAUCAUGUGAGACCAACCUCAUUAAGCGUUGUACAAUACUGCAUUUUAAAAUGGCUGUCAUAACUUAUGUACGCUUCUAGAUGUUUAUGCAUAAGACAUGAUACUGUAUUUUACAUACUGUUGUAGAGGCUUUAAAGCGUCACAAAUAAAUCACCAAUGGUUCAUUAAAACUGUGCCGCUAUAAGAAUGGGCUGUCCACGUCUCAGGAUCCAAAGUGUGAUGUGAAACAAUACAAAAAACUACUUUUCAGGAAUGUAAUGUGGUGAACCCAAAGAUGGGAGAGGGCAGGAUGGCUCAUUGGUCACACCGAUGCUGUCUUUAUGUCUAACAGAGUUGAAGAAAAAAAAAAAAAAACAGCUUCAAAGUUCAGUUUUGCAAAUGCAGCUUGCGUCGUCCAUCGCAGUUUGUUUUCCACUCUCGUCCUGUCAUCUCUUCUAUCGUGUACCUGCUGUGCAUUACUCCAACUACCUGCCUCUUCCUGUUUCCCACUUCUUCUCAUCUCUCAGCGAACUAAUCCUAGAGAAACAAGGAUAAAAGCAAAACAAUCAUAAAUCUAGACAGUAUUGGUUUAUUUAUCAAAGUUGUACAUACUUAAAUGUAUAGUGGGUAAAUGUCUUAAUUUUGUGUUUUUGAGUUCUUAGUUGUGCCAUUUUCUUUUGUUAUUCUGUUCAAUGUUUGAUUUAAGAUUUCUAUCAUCGACAUUUAAUCAAGCUGAAAUAAAGACAGAAUUGUCACAAUA